CGCGCCCUCCGAUCCCCCACCACACCACCUGCGUCUCAGAACAUGGAGACAGCGGCGCACCCAACAAACUUAUCAGAAAAUCCCACCAAAUUCACAAAGAAAAAAACAAAUGGGAUUUCGUUAUGGGCUUUCCUCCUAUCCAUUUUCAUUUACAUUUCCAUAUUCUACACCUUCAACCUCUCCCCAGUGAAUCUCUUAAGAAGCACCAAGUUCUGGUUCUUCAUCUCCAACACUCUUAUCCUCAUCAUUGCUGCCGAUUUCACUGUUUUCUUUUCGUCCAGAAAGUCCGAUUUCUACCAAGAAACUGCCUCUUUUUCUCCCUCCUUUGAAGCCUACAUGCAACGUCGAAACUCGGUUGAGAAAAAUAACACUCAAGAGAAAGUGGUUCUUGAGAUCACACCUCCCGAAGAGAUCAAAUGCGUGAUUUUCCACUCAAGAAACGAACAUGAAGUCGUCGCUAAAGAAAUGGGAACCGACGAACAUGAAGUCGUCGCUAAAGAAAUGGGAACCGACGAUCAUGAAGUAGUCGUCGCUAAAGAAAUGGGAACCGUCACAAAAAACGACUCAGAAAACUGCUACGAGUGUAAGAGUUUUCAAGGAGCGAAUUCGAAUAGUCUGCAAGUUAAAGCCCAGAAUCCAGUUCAGCACGAAGCGAAGAAAAGAGAGGCGAAACGUAGCAAUUCGGAGGUUGGGAUUCUUUUAGAAGAAAAUGAGGAGGAGGAGAAGAGGAACAAUAAUGGUCUCCAAAGGUCACUGUCUGAGAAAUAUAACCUUAAAAACGUCGAAGAAAACAAUGAGUUUUCGGACAUGUCUGUGGAGGAGUUGAAUAGAAGAGUGGAGGAGUUCAUUCAACGAUUUAAUAGGCAGAUUAGGCUUCAAGCUGCAUCCAGACAAUUCCUGAAUUAGAAUAAUAAUAAUAAGAAUAAUAGCAGCAUGGAAGAGCCAAAAAUAAGAUUUUUGUAAAUUAAAUAAAACAAUUGUGGUAGACCGUUGCUAUUUUUUCCUUA